UUCCCCACUUCUAAAGAGGAGCCAUGCUGUCCUGUUUCUUAUUCCUCUCCAAGCAUGUCAGCUCCUCGCUGGUGUCCCUGUGCCGCGCACGCCCGGGCUUUGUGCUCACGCCGUGCUGGAUCCCUGGGCGUCGCUGGGGGCCCCAGCCUGCCACCCCCCACCGCCUGCUGGCCACAGCCACCUCUUCUGGGGACCCAGCUGGGGAUAACUCCCGGGUGCGCCAGAACUUCCACCGUGACUCUGAGGCCGCCAUCAACCGCCAGAUCAACCUCGAGCUUUGUGCGUCCUACGCGUACCUGUCAAUGGCCUAUUACUUCUCCCGAGAUGACGUGGCCUUGAACAACUUUGCCAGUUACUUCCUUCGCCUGUCCAGGGCGGAGACGGAGCAUGCAGAGAAACUCAUGAGGCUGCAGAAUCAGCGGGGAGGCCGAAUCUGCUUGCAGGACAUCAAGAAGCCCAACCAGGACGACUGGGGAAGCGGGCUGAAUGCCAUGGAGUGUGCGCUGCUCUUGGAAAAGGAUGUGAACCAGUCAUUGCUGGAAUUGCACACUCUGGCCUCAGACAAAGGUGACCCCCAUUUGUGUGACUUCCUGGAAACCCACUAUCUGAAUGAGCAGGUGAAGUCUAUCAAAGAACUAGGGGACCAUGUGCACAACUUGAUUAAGAUGGGGGCCCCAAACUGUGACCUGGCAGAGUACCUUUUUGACAAACAUACUCUUGGAAAUGAAAACAAUCAGAACUAAGCCGCAGGCUGCUUUCCCCACCACCCAGGGCAUACCAGCACCCAGUCAGCUGUCUCCUGCUUUCUUACCCUUAAAUUGCAUCUCCAUCUUUAUAUUCUUGUGUUACACUGUCCCAAUGAAGCGAUUUGUAGAGAAAAAUGCAUUUAGCCCCAUGUUAACAAGGUCUUUUUUCCAGUAUCAAAAUCAUUUUCCCAGCCUCAAAGGUAGCCCAGGUGUAAAAAGGACUGCAAAAAAUAGCUGCUGAAAGUAGAUGCAAACUAAAUUCCUCCAGUUACCAAAUACUACUCCAGACCUCAAACCUUCACUAAAAUUGUGUGAUUUUCAAUUCAACAAGUGCCUGUUAUUAUCAAGACCUUCUACUAAAGGCUAAGGUGUGAAAAUAUGUAAACAUACAAAUAACUAUAUACCAAGAUGAAGAAUAUAUAUAGUACUGGAAAAAUCAUCAUACAUGCAAAAUUCUGUGACAACUUUUAUCUUUUUCCGAAGUGUGUUCCAAGAAACAGUAAUGUCUGGAGAUGAUCUGUUUUUAAAGGAUUUUGUAAUGAAAUAAGUUCUAGAAAAGCUAUAUAAGGUAUCAGUGCUGGCUUGGAAAGUCAGGAAGUACACUCUUGCAUUUUAA